AUGAAAGUAUCUCCCAAACAUCUCCGAAAGCUUACUCUCAACGAAGCUCAACUUAAUAUCUACUGGUACGAUUGGAAGAAGAGACGAAGUUUUGCAUACUGCUCUCCACAGUGUUCACCGUCUUUCUGGUUGGCAUGCAACGUUUCCGGUGCAGCGUGGGCCGUUGUUGGUGUAAUGACGUUAGAAAGACUGGAAAGUUGGUAG